GCCCCAGCCGGGGUCCUGCCGCCUACGGAAUCCCCGCACACCCUGCACAGCAAGCAGCUUCUUCCGAAGGCCUGACGCCUACAGAACUCCUGGGGAGCGCGCGCCGCCGGCGGAACACAGCUUCAAUUGCCCGCAGGAAGGUCGUGGGACCUGCCGCACCACCACUGCGUACAGUCGGCUGCCGCAGCACUGAGUCAUAGACUGGUGCCGCCGGCCGCAGCCUCUCCCUCCCUACCAGACCUUGAGCUUCUUGUAGUAAGCAGAGGCCUCUCAGGACAGCAGCUACCAUCCGGGCUGCCCUGACAGUGCUGUCUUGCCUGGGUCUCCAAGUGGGAGUAGCUUCUACUUCGGAAGAGCACAGGUCUGCCGGCCACUCGGCUGAGAACAGUCCCGGGGGCGGGUCCAAGGCGCUAGCGGGAAGCCGGCUUCUGGAACCCGCGGGGCGCGCCAGGGCCUGUGGUCCCAGCGACUGCGCAGCGCGGGCCCAACGGCCCCUCCCCCGGGCGCGCGCGACCCGGGCGCCAUGGCGGCUGCGGCUACAGUUCCGCGGCCCGGAGCUGGGAAGCCCGCGGAGGCUGCUAGUCUGCAGUGGGCGACCCCUGAACCACGGGGGGUCGCGGUUGGGGCCAGGCCAGGCGACGACGAAGACUCGACUGUGCAGCCUCUGUGCAAGCCUCGCGGCAUCUGCUCGCGGGCCUACUUCCUGGUGCUGAUGGUGUUUGUGCACCUGUACCUGGGCAAUGUGCUGGCGCUGCUGCUCUUCGUGCACUACAGUAACGGCGACGAAAGCACUGAGCCCGGACCCCCGCGCCGCUCCCCGGGCCCUCUGACCGUCCCUACCUUGGGUCCCCUCACCCGGCUAGAAGGCAUCAAGGUGGGGUACGAGCGCAAGGUACAGCUGGUCACCGGCAAAGACCACGUCAUUCGAACCCUUAGCCUCAAGCCGCUGCUCUUCGAAAUUCCUGGCUUCCUGAGUGAUGAGGAGUGUCGGCUCAUCAUCCACCUGGCACAGAUGAAGGGGUUACAGCGCAGCCAGAUCCUGUCCACUGAAGAGUAUGAGGAAGCCAUGAGCACUGUGCAGGUCAGCCAGCUGGACCUCUUCCAGCUGCUGGACCAGAACCACGAUGGUCUCCUACAACUCCGAGAGGUUGGGACCUGGGGCCUAAGUAGGCACAGGGUCCUGGCCCAGACUCGCCUGGGAAAUGGAUGGUGGAUGACUCCAGAGAACAUUCAAGAGAUGUACUCUGCGAUCAAGGCAGAUCCCAAUGGUGAUGGAGUGCUGAGUCUGCAGGAGUUCUCCAACAUGGACCUUCGGGACUUCCACAUGUACAUGAGGAGCCACAAAGGGGAGUCCAGCGAGCUGGUGCGGAACAGCCACCACACAUGGCUCUACCAGGGGGAGGGUGCCCACCACAUCAUGCGUGCCAUCCGCCAGAGAGUGCUGCAUCUCACUCGCCUGUCACCUGAGAUCGUGGAACUCAGUGAGCCGCUGCAGGUUGUGCGAUACAGUGAGGGAGGCCACUACCAUGCCCAUUUGGACAGCGGGCCUGUGUACCCAGAGACCAUCUGCUCUCAUACCAAGCUGGUAGCCAACGAGUCUGUACCCUUCGAGACCUCCUGUCGCUACAUGACAGUGCUGUUUUAUUUGAACAAUGUCACCAGUGGGGGCGAGACUGUCUUCCCUGUAGCAGAUAACAGAACCUACGAUGAAAUGAGUCUGAUUCAGGAUGAUGUUGACCUCCGUGACACACGGAGGCACUGUGACAAAGGGAACCUUCGUGUCAAGCCUCAGCAAGGCACAGCAGUCUUCUGGUACAACUACUUGCCUGAUGGGCAAGGUUGGGUGGGCGACGUGGAUGACUACUCGUUGCACGGGGGGUGCCUCGUCACACGCGGCACCAAAUGGAUUGCCAACAAUUGGAUCAAUGUGGACCCCAGCCGGGCACGACAAGCCCUGUUCCAGCAGGAGAUGGCACGCCUAUCCCGCGAAGGCGGCGCCAACUCGCAGCCCGAAUGGGCCCUGGACCGAGCCUACCGCGACGCGCGCGUGGAGCUCUAAAGGGAGGGUCAGCCAGACUCCCACUGAGCCGCGCACCCCCAGGUCGUGGGCUUGGCUCUCGUCCUCUACAACUGCAAAGUCCUGGCCGAUAUCUUGUCCCGAGCCUGCCUGCAGCCGCGAUUUCGGCCCAGUUCCCGUGUUCGUGUUAUUUAUUAUGUGCGGACCCCAUGCUGCUCGGUCAAAUAAACU